AGACGAUCUUUGGGUGGAGGUUACGCCAAAGCGAGGGCAGGAAUCCCACAAUAGCAGGCGGAGGAUUUUUUUUUUUUUUCGAGGGAGAGCUGAGCUAGUGGCUGUUUCAAUCAAAGAGAAGGCAGAGGGAAGAGAGGCUCUGCGGGGAGAUGUAAGAUGGCAGAGCUACAAAUGUUGUUAGAGGAAGAGAUUCCGGCCGGUAAAAGAGCGCUCGUGGAGAGUUACCAAAACCUCACCAGAGUAGCAGACUACUGCGAGAACAAUUAUGUCCAGGCCCAGGACAAGAGGAAAGCUCUGGAGGAGACCAAAGCCUACACCACCCAGUCCCUGGCCAGCGUGGCCUACCAGAUCAAUGCCUUAGCCAACAAUGUACUGCAGCUGCUGGACAUCCAGGCCUCGCAGCUGCGGCGCAUGGAGUCCUCCAUCAACCACAUCUCUCAGACGGUGGACAUCCAUAAAGAGAAGGUGGCCAGGCGGGAGAUUGGCAUCCUGACCACCAACAAGAACACGUCGAGGACCCAUAAGAUCAUAGCGCCAGCUAAUAUGGAGCGGCCUGUCAGGUACAUCAGGAAGCCUGUUGACUACACUGUACUGGACGACGUCGGCCAUGGCGUUAAGUGGCUAAAAGCCAAGCAACAUGGAAACAAUCAGUCAAUCAGAGGAGGAACACUAUCGAGGACCAAUCCGCCGACGCAGAAGCCGCCAAGCCCUCCCAUGUCAGGGCGCGGCACGCUCGGACGCAACACAUCCUACAAGACCCUGGAGCCGGUGAAGCCGCCCACGGUGCCCAACGACUACAUGACCAGCCCCGCCCGACUCGGCAACCAGCACGGCCUGCAGCACAGCCCCGGGCGCACGGCGUCGCUCAACCAGAGGCAACGCACACACAGCGGAAGCAGCGGGGGUAGUAGCAGCAGGGAGAACAGCGGCAGCAGCGGUAUUGGCAUUCCCAUCGCCGUGCCUACACCAUCCAUCCCCAACUCUGGACCAGUCCCGCCCAUGUUUGCUCCCCCGGGAGCCCCUCCGCCUCCCCCACCCCCUCCUCCUCCUCUCAUGGCCGGGCUCGGCCCCCCAGCACCACCACAACCACCACCCCCACCACCAGCAGCUAUAGUGGUGGCCCCUGGGCCUGGUCUGGGCCCCGCUCCAAUGUCCCAGUUUGGAACCAUCUCGCGCCAGAUUUCGCGGCACAACCCCUCCAACUCCUCUGUCUCUAUGGUUUCGGCCACGGGCACCUACCGCCGGGCGCCGUCGGUCACUUCCCAGUUCUCCUUGCAGCAGCAGCAACAGCUACAGCAGCAGCAACUACAGCAACAGCAACAACUACAGCAGCAGCAGCAGCAGCAACCGCAGCCUCAUAUUAAUGGAGGCACUCCUGGCUAUGGCCAGAACUCAAUGUCUAUCGCUCCUCCUCCUCCCCCCAUGCCCCAGCUGACUCCACAGAUACCUCUGACUGGCUUUGUGGCCAGGAUGCAGGAGAGCAUUGCAGAUACUCCUACUCCACCUCCUCCUCCGCCUCCAGAUGACCUGCCCAUGUUUGACGACUCUCCUCCACCUCCGCCGCCUCCUCCAGUUGAUUAUGAGGAGGAGGAUGCUGCCGUCGUGCAGUACAGCGACCCCUACGCUGAUGGAGAUCCACAGUGGGCGCCCAAGAGCUACGUCGAGAAAGUGGUGGCCAUAUACGACUACAGCGCUGACAAGGAGGACGAGUUGAGUUUCAUGGAGGGGUCAAUCAUUUACGUCAUCAAGAAGAAUGAUGACGGCUGGUUCGAGGGUGUCUCCAACGGCGUCACAGGACUGUUCCCCGGCAACUACGUGGAGUCCAUCAUGCACUACGCCGACUGAAGGGACCUCGCAGUAACAGUAAAGUCUAUUUAUUCAGUCGUAUCGUAAUCCACUGAGAGACCGACCGCCGCAAUCUUGACUCCUGAGACGCAUAGACGUGACUGUAUGAUCUCCUUUUGAUAUGACAGAAUGUUCUUUCCCUUACUGAUUGCAAAUAAAAUGAAAAGUGAUAUCUAUUUAGUUUAUUUUGGUGUUAUAUGGGCGGGUGGGGCACAUUUAUGGAAUAUGUAAAAAAAAAAUAAAAAAAAAUGUUUCUAAAGAGUUGGACUGCACAUGCUCACGCCGGUUGAACUCAAAGGCAAUGGUCACACAGCUGAAGGAUGUACGACAUAAUCUUGCCUGGACAAAAAUGAUUUGUGAUUCAGAACCAAAUCCCCUGUGAACAAGAGUAUUUGGUUUGAUGGAACAAAUUAAAUCUUACCGUAUCACGUAAACACCUUCAGUUGAAGUGUUUGUACUUUUCGUUGUAUAUAAUGUGAGCUGCAGCCACUUGGGGUUCUGUAAUGUGAAUUCAGUGAAUGUCGAUUAUAUAAUACUUUUCACUAGUGGCACCCUCAGCAACUCCAUAAGGCUCAUUCGUAAAAAAAUAAGAUGGCCUGUCAAUAAUUUACAAAUUUAAGUACUGUGUAUGGUAUUUUAAAGACAAACAAUUACUCCUGAAAAAUCAGUCUUGGCGUUAAAGCAUGCAAACUUUUAAGAGAUAUAAUGUAAUCUUAAGUUUAUUGCCAUUAUGCUUCCAUUAUGUUGUAAAUGUAUUCACCUUUUUAAUUUUUAUGACACUGUUGAAAUCACUGAGCUUUUUAGAUUUGAAGUAAAUUUCAGGCUUCCCCGUGGUCUCUCAAUGCCGAUUUGCAUUUCAAUCAUAAAAAUGAAAUGGAGUUUACUUUUUCAUGCAUUUGGAUCCGUCUAAAGCAAGAUAACACAUUCCAUUUAGCAUUUUAAGAUUAUGUCACGUCACUGUUAUUAGUUUUAUACUAAUCCACAUCAAAUCUCUAGGAUCUAUUGGUAACUGGCAAUAAUGAACUGUGCUUCUGAUAGACAGCAGAUAGUGUGCAGCGAUAAUUAGGCUGGAAUUGUCGUGCCUGACACUGCCAUGCGACAAUUCAGAUUGUAAUGUAGACCAAUAAACAACUCUGAUACCUCCUCAGCCUUCACAAAGCAACGAUGACCUGCUCUGGGUUCAAGGAGCAUGUUGAAUGCUCUGAACAUGAAAUCCUCUGGGCUGCUAAGGUGUUCAUAUUUUAACUCAGAGUAAAAUCAGCCAAUCAAUAUCAGCUGUCACUCAGGUCUAGGAAUCAUCUUGACAUUGUAUUUUUUCUGUUGGACCUUGGACGUACCAUCUAACAUGAACUAAUUUUUGACUGUUUAUUAUUGCAGGAUUCUGCAGCCCACGCCUUGAUAUUUUGCCAGUUUGCUUUAGAUAUUUCCAAUUU